UAAGUAGAUUUUCCAAGAGAAAUUAGUAAAAUAAAACGGUUUACCAAAAUGUCACGUAAUCAAUUGCCAGAUUCAUCCUCAUCACCUCCCAUAAGCCAUUUACCAUAUCACAAUUUCGACGAUGAUUUAAUCAAUGAGCUGCCCUCCUGCAUAUAUGCGGGUCAACAUCAGAGUGGGGUCGGUGCUGCUGGCGGUGGCAUCUCGUCCGGAAGCUCCGGUUUGCGUCUUAAUUCCAGCAAUUUGAGACAUAUUCAACAGCAUUAUUUGCAUCAGGGCAAUGAAAGCAUGCUCGAUUCAUCUACAAAUUCUAAUCUGGUGUCUCUGAAUUCAAAUAACGCCACACCAAUGAUGUGCAAUAGUCCAACUGCGAGCAGUAGCGGCGGUGGUGGCGGUGGAGGCGCAGGUGGUGGCGGUGGCGGAGCCGGAAGUGGUCCAGGACCUAGCUCCGCAGGAGGAGCCUCAAGUGGAAGCUAUGGUGCAGCGGCUGCGUCCAGUUACAAAAUCCAACGGCAACAAGCAAAUGUGCGGGAAAGGAAACGCAUCCAGAGGUCCGCACCAACUGGUAGUAUCAAUUCCGCAUUUGAUGAGUUGAGGGUCCAUGUGCCCACAUUUCCCUAUGAGAAGCGUCUGAGCAAAAUCGAUACCUUGCGCCUGGCCAUCGCUUACAUAUCACUUCUGCGUGAGGUGCUCCAAACGGAUUACGAUCCACUGACCUAUGUGGAGAAAUGUCUACGCGGCGAAAUAAAAGCCGACCGAGCCAAUUGGAAUACAAGUGAUCUAACGGCACGUCUCUCCUGGAUCAAUUGGGAAAAUCUGGGCGUCCAUCCAGGACGACGCACCCUCCUCACAUCGCUAGCAUUGUCCUCGGAGCCAAUGUGCGGUGCACAUUGUGGUAUGCCAUAAGCAUAUUGCGAUUCGUUAAAAUUAGCAAUUUGUUUUUUGCCAACAAAUCUUUGUUAUUUAAGGAAUAUUUAA